GCUGGUGAAGUCACCGCUGCUUUGCCAGCUCCGGGAAGCGCGGAGGAUUGCCCAGCCGGCGGCAGCGACGACGAAGCAGCAGCAGCAGUAGCAGCAGCGACAGUCGGCUGGCUCUUGCCGCCCGUGAGGCACCUGCUGCCCUUCGAGGACUUAAAUAGGCGGCGUCCUCCGGCAGCCAGAGGCGGCUGUGGGGAGCUCGGCCGCGUCCCUCUCCAGCCGCGGGGUCUUUGGAGCCCGGGGAAGAUCCCGCUGUCCCUGCUGAGUCGCGGCGCUCUUGGCUCACACCCCUUCCAUCCCCGGCCGAGAUGCCUUCGGACCGGCCUUUCAAGCAGCGGCGGAGCUUCUGUAAGUUCCUACGUCGGUAAAACGCUCGGCUCCCAGGCCCAGCAGGUUGGGACAACGGGGGUUUUUUUUGGUGGGGAGAGAGGGAGCUUAUCGACGCCGUCCCUCCUACCCUGACCUUUCGGGGAGCACAAGCGGGGAGGGGCGCGCGGAGGUUUGGAGGGCGCAAAUGUUUUGGGGGGGCUGGCCGUCAAAGGAGCCCUUUUUGCUGCUCUGCAUUAACGCUGCCGCGGAAUUAAGCGGAGGAGCUUAAUGUCCUUGUUUUCUUCGCUCUUGUUUUUUCCACCCAGGGUGCUUCCCUUUUCUCCGCCUCCAGGGUUCCUUAUGCUGUUGGAGAGGGCGCAGUGGGCUAAGAGCUGGAGGGAGCCAUACUCACACCCCCUUGGGGUGCCUCCUCCCCAAGAUUAUUUAGAUUUCGGCUCUCUUCAGCUCACCUGCGUCUCUCAAUCUAGGGCAAGACUUUUAACUCGUACCUGUUUGGGGUGUGCGAAUGAGAAGUGCCUAAAAGCCCAAGCGCAGGUGAUCACCUCCUCUCCAAAAUGUGCCCUUCGGUCAUCCAAACCUAAGGCAUUUUCAUAAAGAUUCCCCCCCCACACACGUUAAGGAAACUUUGGUGGGGUGUGCUGGGUGACUCAACACCCUUUACUGGGACAGACUGCUUUGCUUCUGGCAUCUUCCCACUUUCCCCACCCGUUUUGUGGGGCUCUUUUUCAUGGUGAGUGAAAGAACUGAGCAAUCCUCCUAAUGGCAGGGGCAGCUCCUCCUGCCCCCCUCUAAAACCUUCCUUGCCCCCCCCCCCACCUUCUAAAAGCAACUUGAAACUCGGUGCCCAAAUUGCUGCAGGUUCCGCACCUUGGAAAAAAAAAAUCCCUCCUUGUCUUGGUGUAUGUUCGACCCAGACCUGGAGAUAAAUGCGCUUUGGGCGACUCUGGGAGCUGUAGGCAGCCAGGUGACUCUCUUUGUUUUGCUUGAUCGUUCAAGUUUCCUGCUGCUGAGCCAGGCAGGGCAAGGAGGCAGGAAGGAAGCCCGAGGUAAUUAGCAGCUGCAGCAGCCCAGCCGAACCCUAGCGGUGAUGUAAUGCCUACAAAUAAGAAAACGGGGUGGGGGGGGAACGUUGAUGUGGUCCAGCCUCUGCAAUGAUGGGGGCUUGGAACGCGGAGCUGGAAAGCGAAGUCCCUGUGCCAGAGAAACCCCCAGCCCUCGAAAGAGCCAAAUGUGCGGUUGAAAGAGGAGCUCCGCUGGAAGAGAGCCAUUUCACUCCCACUCGGGUGGAAAUAUUUGCUGCCUCCAAUGGGAUCCGAGGCAUUCAGCGGGGUCCCGCCCCCGAGAUUCGAAGCGCUUGUUAUGCCCACAGUAUUCCCACUUGUCAUUCUUCUGUUUUGAUUAAUGGAGCAGAGAGUGUGGCUUUGGGUAAUCUGCUGUGUCUGUAGAUUUCUAGGGUCUCCAUAUUAUUUCCCCCUUUUGCUGAAAAUAUCUAAGAAUACACACACAAACAUCAAAAACCCACUGUAGAAGCUGAAAGGAGGGACAAAAGUCUAUGACUUUCUUCCCCUAUGGUUAGAACUGAGCAGCUGCCUUUAGUGAGCCAUGGUUUGGAAUAGGCGCAAUGUAUAUUUCGUUGGUCUUCCAUGUGAAACCAGCAUCCUGAUCUGAUCAAGGGCAGCUAAAGGGCUCCUGAGAAAUAUUAAGCUCCUGUUUUUCACACAUCUGCUGCCCUAAAAGUACUUUCAGAAAAUGUAAAAUACAUUCCAGAAUCUGUGUUCAAAUAACUACCUUCUCACUUGUUAAAUUGUCUUCAGACUGACAGUCAUUAAUCCUUAAUUAAGGAUUAGAUUUAGAUCUGUAUGUUGUUGAUGUUUAUACUUCUCCAACAGUUGGACUUUGUUGUUAGUUGUUGUAUUCUGCCACUGUCUUUCAGAGAGGAUAAAUAAGUACAGCGCUGGACACUUAUUCCUCUCUUGGGCAUAAUAGUUCAUUAAAAAAAUAAGGAAAGUUUCUAGUCAUGAAUUGUGUAAGAUAAAGCAAUUCAGAAGCAUGGAAGGAUGAGCAGGAUCUGUAGUCAUCAGGGGAUGAGUGUGAUGCACAGGAUCUCAUUUCUCCCCAAAAUUCCCAUCCCUAAUCUCUGUGAUUCAUCUAUUUUCAUUCUGUUUCUUUGCCUCUUCCAGUACAUUCCAAUUUGGCCACUGGGUGGUAGGAAAACAAAAUAUUUUAUGAACACAUGCAUAACUUAAAAAACUAGUUCAGAGCACUGAAGUGAGUCCACAGGGAAGUUCUCCAGCACAUCCCUAUUGUGAUGAAUUGCAGUUGUGCAAGAGCACUGCUCUUCAUCUAUGGCAGCCUGGGCAUUAAAAUGACAGCUUGCUGAGUGAAGAUCAGUUGAAUGCUUUUGGAGUUUUUCACCAUAAGCAGGUCCUGCUGCUUCAGAAUGAUACUCUUUAAGAAUGUUUACCAGACAGGUUUGUGUUUCCUCCAAGACAAUGCCAGUGACUCAUCAAUAGUUUUCUCCUAUCAUAAAUAUUGACCCUGUUCAUUUUCCAUUAUUCAUUUUUGACUCAAAGCAGCUGUCAAGGCCCUUGUGUCCCCUUAAUGGCUAUGUCUGCAAGUGAAUAGAUGCUUAUCAGAUUAUCAAGUAUUUUCUAGUCAUCCACCCCCUCCCUAUUUUGGCAUUCAGUUAGGCUUAUAUGUAUCUAGGAUUGCUGUGUUAAGUUUGCUGAAAUACUACUGCAUUAUUUUCUUUUAUUUUAAAGGAUUACACCUUAGUUAAAAACACUUUUGUCAUAUAAACAAGAUCUCUUAUUUCAUAUGCCAGCUUGGAGAGUGUUGUUAGCUAGAAAGAAUGACUGUUUUCAAAUGUAGAUUUAUUCUUUUUAGAAGAAGCAUUGUUAUAUUGUUAUGUAUCCAUUCAACUCCUAAAAUAGUGCGUUCCCUUAAACUGUUUUGUAAUAUAUAGCGAGAGAGAGAGAGCUGGGAAAGACUAUUGAUGGCAACAGUGGUUAAUCAUUAUUCUCUUGGCGAUCCAGAAUGCCUUUUUAGUGCACACCCACAAAAUAACAUGGGAAGAGUCCAGCUGGAUCAGAGCAAAGUUAUAUCUAGUCCAGAAUCUUAUUUUCUGCAGUGGCUAGCUUGAAGAAAACAGUCUUCCCCUUUGUCUCAAGCAUCCAGAGAGAGAUACAACCUUUUUUGUACAUGGAGGUUUUCAAUUAGCUGUCAUAAUUAGCAGCCACUGAGGAUCCUCCAUGAAUUUACAUGAAUUUACGUAUCUAAUCCUUAAAAGACAUUCAAAACGGCAGGGAAUUCCAUAAGUUAAAUUUGCAUUGUGUGAAGAAGUACUCCCUUUUAUCUGUCCUGAAUCUCUACCACUUUUCAGUGUUGUUGUGUGAAUUCUAAUGAUGUUAAGGGGGAUAUCUGUAAUAACAAUAACAAUAAUUGUACAACACCCAAUGGACUAGGUUGUCCUGGCCACUCUGUGCAGCUGUCUAUUUGUUUCACAUUGUGCACAAUCUUAUAAACUACUGCUCUGACCUUUGGUCCAUCUCUGGACCCAGCAUGAAGUGCUGGUUUUAUAUUUCAAGCCCGUUAAUGGCUUGCAACCAGGAUAUCUGAAAUAUCACAUACAUAUAUACCUGAACUUUGAUCCUAUUUGUAAGCCCUGCCCUGAGUCCCUGUGCCCAGUGCAGUGAGGAAAGCGACUACAAGCAAGAUGGCCUGCUCAUUGGUGGCACCCCAAUGCCCUUCUCAGAGAGACUCGCCUGGUGCCUUCUUUAAGGUUGUGCAGGCACUAGGUGAAGACCUCUUAUUUUCAGAAGAACAUAAAAAGAGCCCGCUGGAUCAGGCCAAUAGUCCAUCUAGUCCAGUGUCCUCUUCUCACAGUGGCCAACCAGAGGAAUGUGGGUAGCCCAAACAUAGAACCAGGGUGCAACAUCUCUCUACCCACUUGUGUUCCCUGAAACUAGACCAUGUUUCCCAGACUUUUCAGGGGAUGGGUGGUGUCCUCUGGUUUUAUUCCUAUCUGUGCUGGUAAUGUUUAGACUGUGUGUUUAAUGACCCUUGUAUCAUACUUGUCUUUAACUUUCAUUCAUGUUUGAGCCACCAAGAGAACAAUAUUAUUGGAGAAUCCUAUUUAAAAACAGUUGAUGACAAUAAUGAUGAUGAUGAUGUUCAAUAACAAAUCUCUAUUGUGCACCUCAUUUUUUAUUUUCCCACCUCAGUACUUCGCUUGUUAACCAUUUUCCUAAAUUUAGAAAAACUUCCCUGUCUGAUUCCUUUGGGGAUACAGUAGUUCUUAUCAGAAAGAGCCAGGCAAUUGACCUUGUACAAGCCUACUUUACCAUUUUUUUCAGCUCCACAUCCAUUAUGUGUGUGAGUUCUCUGUCACCCCUAUUUGAUUGGUGGAGAAUUUGAGGGUGAGAGGAAUGACUUGACUAAGGGCAUCCAGGGAGCUGAUGACUGGGGUUGGAUAGGUUUCCUAAUCACCUCAUGCAAUGUAACCAGAAACUCAGUAAAGAAAAAGCACCCAGGAAUGCAAGUACGUUAGUAUUCUGUCAUCUGAGUACUGUUUAUCCAGAGACUGAAACAGAUGUGAUAUUGCAGAUCUGUGAUCAGAUUCCCUGAAUAUUUUGUUUUGGGUUUUUGUUUUUUGUUUAAAACAGCUGGGGUGGUGUUUCAGUUUUGUGCAGAGCAGCAACUCUGGUGGAGGCUGUAAAAAUACAAACCUGUCCUUGGCCAUACUGUCCCUCCUCAAAGCUGCUAUUUAAUCCUGGGCUUUUUUGGAAGGUGGGGGGAAGCCACAGCAUGGGUAUCUGUAAUUUUCCCUAGUGAGGCAAACAGGAAUUUUGUAUAGCUAAAGGCAAGCCCCCAGACAAAAUAUUUGCAGUUGAGAAUGGGGUGCUGGAAUGAAUAUUACAUUGGGCAUGUCAUUGUAAAGAUGUGGGUUCUUCUACUAUUUCUUUUUAAAUUAAUUGGGAAAUCUGAUCACAGAUUCUUCUACAUGGCACUCUGCAUUGCAAAUUCUGUCCUGAGCAAGGGGUUGGACUGGAUGACCUCUAGAGGUACCUUCUAACUCUUAUGGUUAUGUGAUUUUCUGUGCCGCAUCUGUUUUGGUCCGAUAGAUGUGUCUUGUGUAGGCUCCUUUCUUCUGUCAUUGAAGCCUUGCUGAACUGGCAUUCCUGAAGGUUUUGUAUGCCCUUCUGGAAGCAAAUGUUUUCUCCAAACUGUUCUCUUUUGUUGUGUGUGUAUUAUUUUGCACCAAAUUCAGAUUUCACCCAACAGGCCGCACCACAGAUCAGCUUUCGAUAUCCUGUUUAUCUUCAGAUGUAUUGGAGUGCAACUCCCAUCUGCGCUAGCCAUUACACGUUUGUUGGGCUGAUGGGAGUUGUAGUCUGAAACAUCUGGAAGGCGAAACAGGUUAGCAAAGGAAGCCAUAGAGAAUGUCUCUUGCUUGAUGCUUGAAAUCUACCUCAUUCUGGGGUUAUGUGGUAUGUUGGUGAGAGCUGUGGAAAGUUUGAAUUAUUCUUGGAACCCUUGUCCAGUAAUUUAUAAGAUAGCUCAUGGAAUGGUUUUCAAGUGUUGUCAUGCUGUGACAACGCUGCCUUGUCAGUGAGCAACUCUUAAGUAUUGUGCAAGCACAUUUGAGGUCACACUCCUGCUUUGAACCUGUGCAGCAGCUUGGCCCGGGCUAAAAUAUUAACUUAGCAACAAAUUGAAGAGCCCUUAAGCAAGUAGGGACUGUGGGGACACUACUUGUCCUGGGAUGCAACCUUUCCCCCUGAACAGUUUCUUGUGUUUUUAACAGAUUAUAAUGGGCAGGCACCACACUGUUCCUGUUGAGGAAAGCUUUAUCCCCUCAAAUUUCUGCUUGCAGCAGCUCAUAAAGGUACAGGAGCCCUGUCAGGAAAAGGUGGAGGGUUUAACCCUGGACCAAAGUUGCAAAGGCACAUAAUUAUAAUGAAGAGAAAUGAGAGAAAUUACAAAGAGCGCUUGGCGCCUUAAAAGCCACUAUGGAAAUGACUUCAUCACGUGUUGCACUGCUGUGUUUUUCAUAACACUGUAGCUGACUCUCCCACAUGCCGGAGACUUGAAUACCUCUUGAGCUGCUUGUUGUCCUCACAAACCGCUUACUCACCCGCCCUUUGCCCAACCACCCGCCCCAGUCGAGAAGGGAGUAACAAAAACAAAAAUAUCACGAGGCUUUUCUGACUACCAGGUAUUUGACUGCUGCAGUGUAUAUGCCAUCACCUAUCUAAAGCUGCUGAGGUCCUGGCUGGCGAAGGGCAAUGGCUGAAGUUUGGUUUCUUCCUCCCAACCGCCUGCUGUGAGCUUGUGGGGGGGGGGACAGCUGCUUUAGAUGCCAGGGGGUGGGCCAAGUAGGAGGAGAGCAACGAGCUUGGCUUCUUUCCAGAUGCCCUCUUCUCUCCUUCCUUCCCACCCCCCUCUCCCAAUCCCAGCCAUCCCAUUUGAAAGCAAACAGGAUUAAAAUAGCCUAGGAGGCACAGGGGGCUGGAAUGGCGAGGUCAGGCAAGGCAGCUGCGACUGACUGUUUGUUACGUGUUCCUUUCAGCUUAUUUUCCACAUGCCCUUUUGGCUCUCUCAGCUGACUGGUUUGCUAAAUACUUUCUGGGAAGAAAGGGUAGAGGGGGGAUGUUGUCAGCCAGCCAGCCAUCUGCAUUGAGCCAAAGAUGUUGUUGCUUCUAUGGAGAAAGUAAAAAAAAAAAAAAAGUAGUCCUGUUUUCCUUCUCUACCUCCUCCAGGAUGGGAUUAAGAAGCACAGCAGAGAGUGUGUUAAGGAAAAUGCCUCAGGGUCAAGUGCUCUUCUGGCUUCUCUGCCCUUUCAGGCCUUGCAAAGUUUACAUUCGUGGGCUGGGCCUGCAAGGCAAACAGUCGUCACAAGAACAUCUGUUUACAAAGUGUUUGAAGCUGCUGCCCUUUUCGGAGGAGUUCCUAGGGAGAAUCUCCUGAAAUUUUACAAGACCUCCUUGUAUCCUGUACACUGUUUUCAUAGGCCCCACCCGUACUAUUUAAAGCAGCCAUGGCUUCCCUCUAAGAAUCCUGGGAAAUGUAGUUUGUUAAGGGUGUUGAGAGUUGUUAGGCGACACCCAGUCCCCUCACCAAGCUAAAACUUCCAGAGUAGUUUAACAAUGACUCUUCUUUUUCCUGGGAAUUAUUGGAAGUUGUAGCUCUGUGAGGGGCCAGAGUCUUUCCCUUUUGAAAAACUUCAGGUGCUCCUGUUUAGAUGUAUUUCCUCCCCUUUUUCCCCCCUUUUCUUUUAUGGCUGAUUUUUGGAUGUAGUUCUAGGUUUUCUUUGUUUUCAUGCUUUGAAAAGCCUUGAUCCUAUUUAUUUGUCUUUGCCUUCUGGGAUAAGAGUCUCCAAGGUUGUUGACCGAGUUGUUCCCUUGUAGUGACAACCUGAUGGGGAAAAGCUGAACCAAACUUGAUGGAAACUUAAAAGGAUGAGUAGUUACAUGUAGAUGAGGCAGAAACAAGCAGUAAAACAUGUCAUCAUCACCAUCAAUUAAUUUAUUCAUCUCCUUGUAAAACACUGUCUCAAGGCAAAAGUUAAUUAAAAGUUAAAAAUGUAAAAACAAUACUGUACUAAAACUCUGGGUGCAUCACAUCUAAAAUGAAAACACAUUGCUGUGUUCGCCCCACAACUAUUUUAAGAAAGGCAUCUGUUUUCAGUUCAAACACUUUUGUAGCUGGGAGUAGGAAGCCAUUGCUUAGCCCCCCUCCCCCAAUUAAAAUAUCCAUCUCUCAUUGCACUAUAAUGAAAGGCUGCAAACCUGUAUACACUGUGUCAUUGAAUUUUAUGGGGAUUUACUUAUGAGUAGACACAUACAAGAUUGUUCUGUAUGUAUGUAUAAAUGGGUUUACUCACAUUCAGGCCAUGCUACUCUUUUCAACUGUCCCCUGUUUGUUCACUGCAAACCUGCUCUUUGAUCCCAGGAGCAUUCCUGCAAAUUUUAGUUCAGCCGUUUUUAAGAGGUCCAAAUACACAGUGGACGAACAAAGAACUUUCCCAAAUACAGUGGUACCUCUGGUUACGUACUUAAUUCGUUCCGGAGGUCUGUUCUUAAUCUGAAGCUGUUCUUAACCUGAAGCACCACUUCAGCUAAUGGGGCCUCCUGCUGCUGCCGCCGCUACAUAAUUUCUGUUCUCAUCCUGAAGCAGAGUUCUUAACCCGAGGUAAUAUUUCUGGGUUAGUGGAGUCUGUAACCUGAAACGUAUGUAACCUGAAGCGUAUGUAACCCAAGGUACCACUGUUUAUAGUAGAAGCAUGUUGUCAUAUAAUGUAUAAAUAACAAUUCUAGUUCAAGGCAUGAGCCAAUUCUUAAAAUACAACCCAUACAGUGGUGCCUCGCAAGACGAAAUUAAUUCGUUCCGCGAGUUUUUUCGUCUAGCGAAUUUUUCGUCUUGCGAAGCACGAAAUCCCAUAGGAAUGCAUUGAAAUUCAAUUAAUGCGUUCCUAUGGUCAAAAAAGUCCAAACAAAGCCAAAUUUGGUACAACAAGAGUUUAUUAAGUGCUCUUUAAAGUCACAAAUACUGUAAAGAGCAUUUCAAAAAUUGAAGGAACAAUAAAUUCAAAAAUUGAAGGAACAAUAAAAAUCAUAAAAAUUCAGAAAAAAACCACACAAGCUUCCAGAUUCUUGCAAACCCCUCCUCAACUGUUCCCCCAGCCACCCACCACACAGAAAUUCAAACCCAGAAUUUUUUUUAAAAAAAAACAGUAGAGUGGCCCAAUGGUCACAAAAAAUCAUAAAAAUGCAGAAAAAACAUACACAAGCUUCCAGAUUCUUGCAAACCCCUCCCCAACACCAAGUCCUUGAAUUCCAAACACCCCAACCCAAAAUCCAAAAACCCCCCAAAAAGUUUUAAAAGUUUAACUUACCAAAUGGCUGCAAAAGAAGUUUUGGAAAAGCUUCAAAAAUCACCAAAGUCUUCAAAAACCUCAAAAAAGGCUACCACACCGCGUGCUAUGAGUUGCUCCUCGAAGUCAAGUCGCAACUGCACCUCUUCAAGCAAUGCACCCUGUAUUACUGUAACGGUUUAAAUAAAAAGAAACAAACUUGCAAGACGUUUUCGUCUUGCGAAGCAAGCUCAUAGGGAAAUUCGUCUUGCGAAGCAGCUCAAAAAACGCAAAACCCUUUCGUCUAGCGAGUUUUUCGUCUUGCGAGGCAUUCGUCUUGCGGGGCACCGCUGUAUGUUGCAAGUUGAAAUUGGGCUAUUGUUACAGGAAUAUGAGGCCUGAGUUGGAAUGCUGAUCAUGCCAGUCCUAGCCUUGCCUCCUUUAAUUGUCCACUCCUGCCUUGCUGCAUUCUAACUUUAUUGCUUAGGUGUGGCCAUGGCACAAUGAUGCCUUUCAUAUAGCUGUAUACGGUAUAUUUCUGACAACAAUUCCUCCCCAGGAUACACAGUUCCAUGAUGCUGUAUGUGCAGAACUUAUCAAAGUAAUACUAAACAAGGUUUAUUAUUUAUGUAGUGCAUUUCCCAAACAAAAUACUUUAUUUUACAUGUUGUAAGCCUUUUUAUAUUUUAAGAAAGGGCAAAUUAUAAAUUUGCAGAUAAAUAAAUGGGACACUGGGCAGUGCAGUCUUACACGUUUCUCCUCAUAAUUAAGUUCCAUUGAGUCAAAUGGGGCUUACUCCCUGAUAAAUGGGUAUAGAAUUACAAGCCGAGGUGGCUAGAUCAUGACUUGCUUAAGACCAUCCAGUGAAUUCAUAGCUAGGUUAAAGUUCUGAACUGGGACCUCUAAAUAGUAAUGUUUGUAGCCCGUUUUUGAAUAAGAGUUUCAGUGGGUUUAACGAUAAUUUUUAACGACCAAAAUAAUUUAUCCUCAUAAUCCUUGUAGAAGCUUGACUGUAUAUUUUUCUUUCUCUUGAGUUCCUUUCUUCCAGUAUAAGAUUGUGAUCUGGCACAUAACCACUGGCAUGCAAUCUGGUUGCAAUAGGACUUCUGCACACACAGCUGUGCCGAGCAUUGUAGGUUAAGUAAAUAUUUUUCUAAAAGAAAACAUUCAGUGAAAUUUGUGGUGCUCUGAAACACUUUCAAAACUUAAGUUCUAGCAGAGUUGCUGGAUAAAGGAGGGCGGUUGUUGCUUUAUACCAAAGUGGCACUCGUCUACAAAAUAUUUGGCCAGAAAUCUAGGUCUCUCUGUCUGUCUCUCUUGCUAAAAACAAUUUCUUCUGCAACUCAUUUGAUCCUAACAUACAGUAAAAGUUAUUGGCCAGGGUGGACAACCUUUUUUUCUGUCUAGGCCUGCAUUUCCUUAGAGGUGAUUGAUCUAUCAGCAAUUGCAGAUCUACAAUUGUAGUGGUGAAACCAAAGGUGAAUGGGAUCUCAUUCCUGUUCCAUUAUUUCUUUUCCCUCACUCUUCCACCCCAUUUUCUCAAUUUCACCUUCCUUGCUACCCACCUGAUAUUAGCUUUAAGGGCCACCUGAAAGGGGUCUGAAGGUCACUGUUUGCUCACCUGUCUUCUAGAAUCUCUGGUUACCUGAAGAGGAGCUUGACUGGAUCAGACCCAGGGUCCAUCUAGUCCAGCACCUUAUUUCACACAAUGGCCAACCAGAUGACGUUGGGGAAAACAAAAGCAGGGUGUGGCAGCAAAAUCCCUUCUGAGUUGUUUAUCUUCUACUCUUUGCUAUUCAGAGCUAUAGCUAUUCUAAAUGUAUUUAGUGUACUUUGUUAAUACUGUGAGAUGCUUUGAAUUGAAAAUAGGAAUGAGAAUCCAAUAAUUAAGUCCAACUAUUAUAUAAUACACCAGAACACUCUUUUUGUCCAACCUGCCUGGGCCCAUACUUUACCAGCUAUCCCUAAGAUUCCAGAGAAGCAAGUAUGAACAGGGCUUUCUGCUUCCUGAGCCUCAGGCUGCCAACUUACUCAGUAUGUUGUUUUAAACUGUUUUUAACAUUGAGUUUUAAUGUGACUGUCCCUGGAACCUAAAGGUGAAGGACUGGUUAAAAUGAUGAUAAAAGCAAGUAAACAAGAAGUUAGGAACUGGAUUCAGUUCCCCAGAGAGACAGAACGCCAGAUUUAAAUGAUGUAGAUUUCAUUUUAAAAACUAAAAGAAAAGAGAGCAGCAUUAAAGUGCAGCAUUUGAGAUUAAUCAAAGGCCCAUAAAAGUUAUAGUUCCAGAAUCUGAUUGGAAAGAGUGGUUGGGAAUUACGAACCAGAAUAUAAUGACAAAAGUUAACUGAUCCUAACUCUUUCCAUCCCAUUGAGUAUUGAUCUUAAAGGCUGUAACAGGUGACAGAAAACAGGAGCCAGAGGAAAAUGCAAAUGUAUAAAAACUCAGGGGAACCCCGUGAGCCAACCACAAGUCUUAAAAGCUAGAAUCUUCUAGCACUUCGGUGUAUGUGUUUUCUCAUAGCUGAAACUAGUUCCCAGAUAGCAUGCCCUCUGGCCUUAAAGCAUAAUAUGUCCGGAUAACACAGGUGUCUCAACUUGCUGAGAUCAUUCCAAUUGUUAGGAAGUAACGUCUCUUCCAGAGACCAGUUUUUACCCCAAGGUGCAAGUGAUGGCACCAUUUUCUUGACAGGGUUCAACAGCCCAGUGCAUGGAAUUAACCUACCAAAGCAUUCCUGGCUGCCCCCCCCACUGUGAGGACCCUUCAUCCUGCCCCUUCUUUUGCUGAAAUUAGGGUUGAAAAAAGCCAUCUGUUGUAGCCAAUAGAAGGCUAGUUGCUGUGUGUUGGACAUUUUGGAGUCACCACUGGGGAAGGGUUAAUGCUUUCUUUCUAGCAGCAAUCCCACCCAUCCCACAAAAAAGAGCCCCCCCCCCCCGCAAUUGCAGUUAGGCUCAAAAGAAGUCUUUUGGCUCCAAGAGAAGGCUUUUUUUCUAAACCUGUUGCUCUUUUGGAGACUUCAGUAAGCAAGGGUGGGUUCCCUGUAGGCUGUGCUGUCCAGGAAUAUCGCUCCCUCCCCUCUUUAGGUUUGGGGAAAGCUAAAACACUUCCUUGCAUUGAGGGGUGCGUGCGGUGGGUGAGGGCCCACAAUUGUUUCUUAGGUUUCUGAAUGUGCCCAUGGGCCCUGUUCCAACUCCAUACUUAAUAAUGCUUCGAAUAACUCUAAUAGGGUGAGUCGUGCCAAACUUCCCUUUGCAAAAGCCAAGCUUAUUCUUCCUUUGCAGGACCUAUUCUUCCAUACAUUUAAGAGCUUUAACAAUGCUACGGCCCCGAUCAGAAGGUCCUCAUUCAACAAAACUGUUGUUCUCCCAUAAACAGACUGCAUGCAUGUAUGAAAGCGGAUCGAGACACCUCCUCCCUCUUAAUGCCGCGUUCAAAAGUGUCUGUUAAACUUUACGACUGGGGCAAGAGAGGUUAAUUUUGAAAAAUGACAACCUAAAGGCUCUGAUCAGGCAUAAGUAUCCUCUUCAUUCUUCUCUAACAUUGGGACACUUGAUCUUCAAGAAGAGAACUUUUUAAAAACAGCAGUAACAACUGAUAAUAAUUUUAUGCUGCAGAGAGGUUUUGUUUGAAGACUUUUGGGAGUGGGCAGGUAAUACACCCUCUUAAACUAUCUACCUGUAAUAUUUCCACUCUGAAAAGAAGGAGGGAAAUAAACAUGUAGUGGUAAGAGAGGAUUCAGCUGCUUACUGGAUAGUUUUAGAGUUACGGUCAUUCAGUGGUGUUACUGGAACAUUGCUUGCUUAUUCUCUCGCCAAGCUUCAUAUUGCCAUGGCUAUAAGCUGUUGAUACCCCUCUCCCCAUUUCUUGAAUUGCAUCCAUGCCAUAUAUUUAAAGCACAUAGCUUCUUCCAAAGAAUCCUGGGAAACGUAGUAUGUUAAGAAUGCUGGGAAUUGUAGUUCUGCAAGGGGUAAAUUAUUGUUCCUAUUAUUAUUUGGGGGAAGUCAUAUGCUCUAAACAUGGUGUGGAAGUGACCCCAAGUCACAAGCUGCAAGAGAAGUACAGUGGUACCUUGGGUUACAAACAAAUUGGGUUACAAACACUUCGGGUUACAGACUCCGCUAACCCGGAAGUAGUACCUCAGGUUAAGAACUUUGCCUCAGGAUGAGACAGAAAUCGUGCGGCGGGGCAGCAGGAGGCCCCAUUAGCUAAAGUGUUACCUCAGGUUAAGAAAGGUUUCAGGUUAAGAGUGGACCUCCGGAACGAAUUAAGUCCGUAACCAGAGGUACCACUGUAUGUCAUUGGUGGCUUUUCCAGAAUUACUUGGUCUUCUCUUUCCUAUAGCAGUAAGGAACUCAAAGCGCAAGUGCCUUUCAUUAACAUCCAAGAAAACGGCUACUUUAUUUGUUUCUUGGCAAAAAAAUUAUACCCUACUUAUUGUUCUCAAAAUGUGUUAACAAGCAAAGAAGAAUAUAGUUGUGUGCUUAGCCCAGUCCUCCAAGCUAUGAGGUUUCAGGGGUACAGCACUAGGAAUGAGGUCUUAGGUGUUUUGUAAUAUUUGUGUUUAUUUAACAAGCUGAGUACAGGUGGAUCACAGCUUAGCACUCCCCACAGAUCCCCUCCCCCCAAAAAAAUCUCAGACCUCUGGUUUUGCUUUCUGAUUCUGUGUUCCAAAGUACAAGCUGUGUGCCUUGUCCUUUCCAUUCGCAGAGAACUGCAUGAACACAUUCCAUAGUUUUGAGGAGGGAAGGGGAAUCCCGAUGUGUCAUCUUUCCAGAUCCCUCCAGACCAAUAAUAGUUUUGUUAAACCUGCAUCAUGACCAGGCAAAGGCCCAAACAUGGCCCAACUGGUUUCCUAUAUACUCUCUGCACCUUUUAAUCCUGAAUCUUUUCCAAAAUCUUCUCACUGGGACCCCUGAGAUGUCAUUUAGCCCCAAACCCCAUCCCAUAAAAUGCCUUCAUAAAAAUUAGCAGCCAUCACAACAAAACAUUGUUAAUACAAAUUAAAUCAGAGGGAUGGCAUUAAAGCAACAUCUUCCUUUUAAGAGCUUUGCCUAAAGAGAGUGGUCUUGGCGGCUCAUGUAAAAGGACCAGUUUUCCCAGAUCUGCGACUGAAUUUGGUAACUGGUUCUAGCCAGCCACCCCUGAAAGAACAUUAUGGAGUGGCCACCAGCCUGUUGGAUGGUGGGAAAGCCAAGAGGUUUCUCCCUACCAGAUGUCACAGAGUGUGAGGAAAACACUCAUUACAGUUAUCCUUCCUCAAAAUCAACCCCCACUCCCCCAGUUUUGUUUAUCAUUUUCCCAGGAUGAUGAGGAACCGUUAAUGAGCAGGUGUCUCCCUAGGCACUCUUCACAAGUUCAGUUGUUUACACUAUCGAAUAUCUGCACAGGACUCCUUGUGGAUUUUGUUUUCUUGUACAUUGCCACUCUCUCUCUCUUCUUCAUCUUUUGGCUUUAGGACUUAAGCAAUCAGGUUUCGGAGAUUAUCGAUGGGAACUUGUGCUUCUAAGAUGUCCUAGACGCAUCCCCUUAUUAUCUUGGGUUUAUUCACAGGUCACUGUGUUCUCACUGGAACUGUUAACAUCAGAUAUAAACAGCCUCCUGCUAUUUCCAUUAUUAUUUAUCUUGGAAAGAAAGAGAGACUCUGAGUUUGACUGUGCUGUUGACACUCCAGCUUCUCUUCUCCCCUGAACAUGUGACCAAGGGUUGGUUGUCCCUCCAUCAGUGACCAUGAAAUCAAGGUCUUUAAACUGUCCUUGAUCAGGGCUCCUUCCCAGAAAGCGCAUAGGACAGAACUGCAAGUACUUAAUCAGCUAGGCCUGAUUGGCUUUUGUUUGUGCUUCUGGUACAAUUAUAAUACAGUACAUGACUCUCCAGGAUUGUGACAUAAAUCUCUUUGUAGCGUGUGUAAUUAACAGCCUCUGUGCAAAAAUAUCCAUCUGUCAGGCUUGUGUUUUAAUAUUUAUCCGUUUCCCCUUAUUGGGACCAAACCUCUCUCUACCAUUACUGGGGCUACAAUGAAGCUGAAGCUGCCUAACUUAUGGCUGACCUGUUUUGAGAAAACGCCAGCCACUUAUGAAAUGUCCUGACUUGCUUGAUUGCAAUGUGACGUGUAAUGUAUUAACAGAAGUGGGGAGGUUCUGGCUGGCAAUGGAACUGGCAUGUUUGGUGUCCUCGAACUCAGAGGUAAUUUGGCUUGGUGCAUUGGCACCCAUUUAAAAGAUUAACAUGUAGUGGGUGUAACUAUCCAACAAUAACAACUCAGACUUGCGGCACCUCUAUCAAGACUAACAAAUUUAUUAUGGCAUAAGCUUUCAUGAACUAAGCCCUGUCUACUUAAUCAGGUGUGUAUGCCAUCUGCUACCACAAUAAACGUGUUAACCCUGACUGUGCCACAAGAGUCAUCUUUGUCUUUUGUUGCAGCAGACUUACAUGGAUACCCCUCUGGAAAUUAUCCAAUGAUAAAGCACAGGGCAAAUGAAAUGAUAGCCCCAAGGAGCAGAUUUCUUGCCAGUGUUUGCCGUCAAUGAUUCGCAAAUCCCUUCCCGAGCUCUACAAACUUAGCAAGUUGCAAUAAUGAAUUUAUGUGGACCAACUUACAGUUGAAAGUUUGGGUGACAGUUUUCAAGCCACAAAAGACUUUUAGAUUGGGUGCUGGCGGGUGGGAGGGUGGAUAGAUGUUGCUGGGCCUGGUGUUUUCCAUUUGUGUUAUGUCUCCAAAUAUUUUGUCCCAGUUCUGCCUCUUGGGCCGACAAGAUGCUUCAGUUUAGAAGUACUUUUCUGUCCCCCUUUUUUGUGCAUAUGUGCCUGCAUAUGAAAACCAAAACUGGAUGCACAGGGACAAAUUCUGAUGGUUAGCCAAGCAGUGCUUGGUGCUUUUGUCUGCAGCAAAGCAGUGCUCCUUGGGUUUCACUUAGUGGAAGGGUCUGUUUUGCUUCACACUCAAAGUCUUGCUUACCAUUUUCUUUUGGUGUUCAGAUAGCAUUUUUCCUCCAGGAUGCAUCAACCACUCCAGGAGGGUGUUUUGAUCUUGCGUGACUUGGUUUUCUUGUAGCUCUCUAGGUUCAUCAUUGCUCUCUGAUUGCGGCAUGCUGGACCUCUAUUCAUUCACAUAAGGAGAUUGGGAUGUAGAAUUUUACUCUGUAGCAGCAGCAAGCAUAGAACUAAUGACCCUAUGCAGCUUACCAACCCUCUCAUUUCUGUGACACUGCCUUGCUGUGAUAAUUUAGCAGUGAGCCAUUGCUAAAAGUGAGAGUUGGUUGGGGAAAGACCAGCAGCUGCUCCCUGCUUCCCUGCUAUCCAAAAUGGGGUUGGAAAGGGAGAGGCUCAGGCAUAGCACUGGAUUGCACUGACAAGAAUACAGCAAGGGACACCAACAAAGAAUACUUCCUGUUUCUGGUAUGUUGUGGAAGGGAGCCAAGUGGGAAAGGAAAAAUUGUUUGUGAUAGUUAGGGGAGAAUCCUCCUUAUAUAGGUUUCUGGGAGGUUGGUGGCUAGAGAGUAAUCCUUACAGUAACCUUGCAAACAAGUGUUUGUGGCCCUCCAUAUGUUGCUGGAUUAUAUAACCAUUGGUUAUAUAGGAAAUUGAAGUUCCACAAUAUCUGGAUGGUCCUACUCUUGUAAACCCACAGAAGUGACGAGCCUGCAGAAACAUAAAUAAACCUAGCCAACUAAAAGGCUAGGAUCUGAUUUGUGUGCCCCCUUAUUAAGGUUACCCAUUUGAGGACAUGGUUGAUUAAUUAGAUUCUUUGCGAGUUUAGAAAACACUUGCAAGACCCCCUCAAUAACAUUGCCUUGGUUUGUUGAUUGCAGUGAGGCAACCUUGUGCCCUGUUUCCCCAAGAACUUGCUGUUCCUGCUUGACAGCAAGUGGAAUGAUAACAGAUAUUGCACAGUGUUAGUGUUCUUAUCUACCUUGCUGCUAAUAAUGAAAUCCCCUUGCAAACAAAGCUCCGACCUCUCUGCUUACUGUCAGCUUUGCUGGGGCUGGAGGUUACCUGAGAUAGUUUGCAUGUGAUAAUUUGAUUUUAGUCUUGUUCUUUCUUUUGGAUUUAUCUUUGUGCAACAUUAAGUCCAGCACCCCAUUUUCAACAGUGACUGAUGGGAUAUUAUACUAGUGGCAGGCUUCGUUUACACCUGGCGGAUUCCUGUUUACCAAUACAAAAUCACCUCCAGCUACUUUUGUAAGUACCGUAAGUGGAAGUAUUUUUUUAUUUUAUUUUUACUGUUUUGUUUUGUCAAGUGUAACAUCCCUCACUUCCCAGUUGAGGCAGAAGUUACUGUGAGGCAGUGCAGCUUAUAAACAUAAUGUUGCUGGUGUAGCAUUUUUCACUCUGGGGAGGUCACUUUCGUCCACCAAGUGCACAGCUUCUGUAGGGAUGUGCAUGGAGCAAAGAGGGAGGAGGAGACCCUGCUUAUCCAGCCAUAUCAGCACUGCUGAUCAUGCACUGGAGCCAGGAUUGCCACCCACAUUCACUCACUCCUCUUGAUUGUUCUUUCCACUGAAAUUAAUUGCAAGCGUUCAACAUAACUGAAUCUAGGGCCAUACAUGCCUCACACACGUCUUCUCAUUUGACCUAAACUUCCUUCUGCUGCUACCAAUAAAUAGAGUAGCUGUCUUUUGAUAGAGCAUCUAUUGGUACCACUUGUAUCCCAGUCUUCCUCCAAGGAGCUGAGAGGGGUAUUUUAGCUUUGGAAUGUUCCUUAAGAGAGAGGCUAUACAGUAUUAGUUAUCCAUGUUGACUCCUGGUCCAUUCCAAGCAGAGAUGUAGAAUGUUGGUCUCAGAUGUUCAAGAAAGGACUCCUACUCCUUUUCUCCCAGUCCUUCUGUCCUGGCUAUCACUUCCUUUCUGAUGCUCUGGAUGUUUGAAGACUAUGGCUUCUAACACUUUGGUAAAGAGGGAGUAUCUAUAUUGCUGUGCAAGCAUGAAUACUUGCACUGAUGAGAUUCUUAGUUAGUGCCGCAUUGGAUACAAGCCAUACUCAACUUCUCAUAGUACCCUUGAUGGCUCCAGGGCAUUGUGGGAAACAUAGAUCGCCACCUGCAGCUUCCACAGCCAGGAAAACCCACCAGUAUAGGAAAUGGACUGAACUACCAAGGAUCCCCUCAAAUCUGGAGCCAGCCCUGGAUGCAGCUCCCUUGGGUGGGAGAAUGAGGCUAUUCAUGUAUUGUGCUUUCUCUUAGUGGUGUAGUGGUUAAGAGCGGUAGUCUCGUAAUCUGGGGAACCGGGUUCAUGUCUCCACUCCUCCACAUGCAGCUGCUGGGUGACCUUGGGCUGGUCACACUUCUUUGAAGUCUCUCAGCCCCACUCACCUCACAGAGUGUUUGUUGUGGGGGAGGAAGGGAAAGGAGAAUGUUAGCCGCUUUGAGACUCCUUCGGGUAGUGAUAAAGCGGGAUAUCAAAUCCAAAUUCUUCUUCUUCUUAUCAGUUUUCCAUAGUCCUUUGCCUUUCAGUUUCUUCCUACAUAAAAAAAAUGUGUUCUGAAGAUGGCAAUAGAUUUAAUGCCUCUCUGUACUAAAUUCCUCCCUUUUAUUCCUCAUUCCAGUUUAAACUUGCUUGAUCUGUAGGAUAAUGGCUUGCAGAUUGCUUUCCUCCGCCUCCUCCCAGUGAUCUGGGUGCUUGUUGGCAAUUUUAGCUUGGCUGACUUUUCCACAGUGGAUCUGACACAGAACAGUCAACUCUCAUCUUCACUUGUAUCAGAUGCUGGGUAGCCAUUAGCUGUGAUGGAACCAUGAGGGUGAAUGCAGAGAAAUGGUCUGCUUAUUGGGGAGGGGGGUUGGUAUGUUGAAACUAGAAAUAUUUGCACAUUUCUUCAAUCCCUGUAAUCUCAGUGGAUCCAAAAGUGCUUUUGGGCUUUACUGGCUCUAUUAUUUCUAUCCUCACUUCAAUGCUUUUAUAUGAAAAAUAUUCAUGCAUAUAAAUUACUGGUGUGUGUGCGUGUGUCUGGUUCACCCGUGACAUACUGUGAGCAGCUGACAGCAUAUGCAUUUGUAGUGCACAAAUGGGUGACAUAUAGAUUAUACUAAAUUUGAAUGAUCUUUGAUGGUGCAGUAGUGCUGAGCUGUACACUUGGGCUGGCUCAUUUCUCACAGAUACAUUGGACGGACCCUUCCAGUUCUAUCUCAUUUAAAUUCUUGUGUCACCACAGAAUAACAUGUCAUGCUGAGUUUGCAUGAAAAAGGCUGGCUUAACUAUAUUCUAAGUCCCAAGCCUGAAGGAGACAACUUCUCCUAGAUAUUGGAAAUGCACCAGGAGCAAGAGGGUUGCAGCUAAUGCGCAGAACUAUAGGUGUAUGUGAGCUACUGUGGUAGUUAAGGGUACCAGUUGGGUGCUGGAACUCCCUAGUUUGGGUUAUUUUGGGUCAUCAUAAAAUCACCUGAUGGUCUUGGACUUGUCUCUGUUCUCAGCCUCCCAUCUGUUAUACAGGGAUGAUCAUGAUAAUAAUAAUAAUAAUACUGGCCUUAAUUUUAUAUAUUUUUAAUUGAAUCUUCUGUUUUACAAUUUAAAAUACUCAUUUUACAUCCUUAAGGUAUCAGCGACUUCCCUUCUUUUUCCAUGGUUCAUUUUACAUAUCAUAAAUCCCUGCAUAUUUUACAAAAACUAUACCAAUCAGUAUUUCAUUAUUGCAUCCAUCAAAACUUAUUUACACUGUUGAAUUUAUCUUAAUGUUGUCAGCGUUUUCAGCUGUACACAAUUAACUUCAAUCUUCUUUAAACAUUCAUUCUUCUUGUUCUCUUAUUCUAUAUGUUAAGUUUGCAAGUUGUGCAUAUUCUAUCUACUUAAGUCGCCAUUCUUCUUUGGUUGGGACCUCACUCAUUUUCCAUUUGGGGGCUAAGAAAAUAUGGGCCGCAGUAGUAGCAUACAUAAAUAACCUUUUUUGACACCUGGGAAUUUCAGUCUGAAUUAUCCCCAACAGAAAGGACUCUGUUUUUUUGGGAAAGUACUUUUAAACAUUUCCCCCCAAUUCAUUAUGGAUCAUUUCCCAAUACUCUUUUACCCUUUUACAAGUCCACCACAUAUGAAAGAACAUUUUCACCACCUCUUUGCAUCUCCAGCACUUAUAUGAUUCAGUCUUAUACAUCUUAGCAAGCCAACUUGGAGUUAAAUACCAUUUGUGAACCAUUUUCAAGUAGUUCUCCUUCAUAGAAUAACAUGUUGUUAACUUCAAGUCACUUUUUCCAGAGUUUUCCCCAGAGGUUAAAAUUUAUAUUGUGUCCUAUAUCUAUUGCUCAUUGUGAAAAAUAAUAUUUUUUUUCAACCCUCUGAAAUACACAUUUCAUGUGUACCCUUUCAGGCUAGUGUACUCCUUUCUUUUUUUUGUACUCAAACUUUCCACCCUUUCUCUAAUCUGCAGUCCACUGAGAUUCUGUGGCAAGGAUGGGGAACCUGUGGUCCCCCCAAAAGUUAUGCUGGACUACAACUCCCAUCAUCUCUUGGACAUGAUGACUGUGACUGAUGGUCAUUGUCAUCCAACAGCAACUGUAGGGCCACAGGUUUUCCACCCCUAUUCUAUUGGGAUGAAGCAGCAGUUGGGCUUGAGGCAGGGUGGGAGUGGAAUUUAUUUCCUCUUGUGUCUUCCCCUCUGUCUCCAGUCACUACCACUUCAGUUUACAGUGGUACCUCGGGUUAACUACUUAAUUCGUUCUGGAGGUCCGUUCUUAACCUGAAACUGUUCUUAACCUGAAGCACCACUUUAGCUUAUGAGGCCUCCUGCUGCCGCCGCGUCGUCGGAGCACGAUUUCUGUUCUUAUCCUGAAGCAAAGUUCUUAACUCGAGGUAAUAUUUCUGGGUUAGUGGAGUCUGUAACCUGAAGCGUAUGUAACCAGAGGUACCACUGUAUCGGAAAUAUAUCUGGCAUCAGGAGACAUGAGCAGUGAAAUCUCUGUAACAAUGUGGAAACCAUGCCUGAACGGAACUAAGAAGACUUUUCUUUCCCUCCUAAUGAAUGUGCAUAGAGCAAGCAUCCCAAAACUCGGCCCUCCAGCUGUUUUGGGACUACAACUCCCAUCAUCCCUAGGUAACAGGACCAGUGGCCAGGGAUGAUGGGAAUUGUAGUCCCAAAACAGCUGGAGGGCCAAGUUUGGGGAUGCCUGACAUAGAGUGUUUCAUUCUGCAUUUUUUGUGUCUACUAAUUUAUGUGGGCUGUUUCACGUGUUCUAUAGGGACAAACCUGGAUUUGCCGCAGUGUGUACUCAGCAGAGAGCUACAACUAUUCUUGAUGAGGGCAGGUGUAUGAUCUGCUUGUUUUCAAAUGCAUGUCCCAUCCACAUGUUUGUAGAUGUAUUACUGAGACUUCAUGGAUAUGCCUUAAAAAGCAAAUGUAUAAAGUAGUCUUCCUGAUUGUCCUAGUUAUAAGGAGAUGGAGCGUGUGUUUUGUAAGCUGCUUUGAGGGUGCUGAGUGACAGAGAAGUAGCAUAGACAUCCUGUAAAUAAUACAGUGGUACCUCAGGUUACAGACGCUUCAGGUUACAGACUCCGCUAACCCAGAAAUAGUACCUCGGGUUAAGAACUUUGCUUCAGGAUGAGAACAGAAAUUGGGCGGCGGCGGCAGCAGGAGGCACCAUUAGCUAAAGUGGUACCUCAGGUUAAGAACAGUUUCAGGUUAAGAACGGACCUCCAGAACGAAUUAAGUUCUUAACCCGAGGUACCACUGUAAUCUGCGUAGGCUAAGGCAUCCUUUUACAUCAGAAGUUUGGCUUCCUUCCUGAAUGCUUUCCUGAUGAGCUGGCAUAAGCCUUUCACAAUGUGGAUAAUGUCCAGCUUAGUUACAUGUAGGUCAAUGUAAAUUACCAUCUCAUUGCUGUAGCAGCUCUGUACUUUGGUGUUUCCAGACAAGGACUUAAUGUUGCAAGCCAGUCAUUGGCAGCAGGUUUUCUGAUUUUCCAUGGAAAGGGGGAAAUUGGGAUUAAAUGGGGCAGGGAUGGAAGAUUCAGGGUGGCAUUUUGAUGCCAAUGGCCUCAUGUGGAUGUGGCAAAUAAACAACAACGUGUGCAUGAGCAGCACCAAUUCCAUAAUAAGUACUUGUCUGGAAGCAUCCUUUGUGUUAUCUAGCUAGCUAAUCUGCAUGGUACCCGACUUUGGGUGUGGGUGGAUGUCAGGUGAUAUACAAGACUUCCCAUAGAUGGGGGGGAUUGCUAUAUAAAUAGCAAAUAUUCUUAUUUAUUGCUGUAACUGCUACAUUCUGACCACUGUCCCAGUUUGGUAUGAGUUGUAUAAUCCUGCUUGCAAACAUUUGCAAGGUGUCCCCCCCCUCCCCAAUUUUUUAUUGAAAAAAAUAGCCAGGAAAGUCUUCCGAAUUCCUAAAUCUGCUAUUUUUCCCCUUUUACAGCGGAUCGUUGUAAAGAAGUACAGCAGAUCCGAGAACAGCAUCCAAACAAAAUUCCAGUGAGUAUAGAAUGGAUGGUUGUGUGGUGUGUGUGUGUGUGUGUGUGUGUGUGUGUGCUUUUGUUUGAACUUCUGUGUUCCUGUGUUCCAUGCUUCGGUUUUGGCUCUCAGUGCCAGCCUGCUAAAGUUGCUCAUUUUCCUCUUACGUGGGCCGAGGUGGAAUCGCUGUAUUGUUAACACUCAACAUUUUGAAAGCAGAAAAUAAUAAAAUGGGGCCUGGCCCCUUAUAAAAAUUAUAGCCAAUAUUUGAGGGCAAGGAUAUGCACUCUGCAGGUUAAAGGUGGAGAUGGAUGUUGAGGGAGAAAGCAGUUUACAAGGCAUGCCAGUAAGUUCAAAGAAGACAAAAACCAACAAUUUAGCAAACAUGCAAUAAAUUCAGUGUUGCAAAAGAAGCAAUCUUAAAUGAAAUACGUAAGUACAAAGCAAAAAGAAAUUUGACAAUAAACAAACUGCUGGCACAGGUCUUAUUUACUCCAGGGAGCCUCAGCUGCCUGGUUUAGGCCUUAUCUGCACUAUACAUUUAAAGCAGUAUUAUACCACAUCAAUCUGUCAUGGCUUUCCUCCAAAGAAUCAUGCAAACUGCAGUUUAAGGAUGCUGAGAGUUCUUAGAAAACCCUUCUUCCCCUCACAGAGCUACAAUUGCCAGAGUGGUUUAAUAGUCAGUCCCUCUUCCCAGGGAUCUCUGGGAAAUAUAACUAGGCCCUUGUAAGUGACUAGCUCUGCCAGCUGCUGGCAACAUUUAUUAUUUCCUAACCAAAGGGAGCAGCAAAAAGAAACAGCAGUCCUUUUAAUUACAAGGGCCGAGCAUGCUCCGUUUCCUUCCUACAUGGUUUGUGGCUCUCUUUUGCUCACCAACCCAUCCUAUUUCGAACUUUCCUUCCCAAACACUUCUUUGGGCUCGGGAUUCUAAUUACAACAUUAUCAAACAUUUAUCUCCUCGAUUGAUUCUAUCCUCCUGGCAUUAACCUUGAAAUAAUCAAGUGAAUGCCAAAGAGAAAUUCAAGUUUCUCUGGGGAGGUAGUUGCCUCAAGGCACAAACAUUACUGCAAUCUCUUUCACUUGUGCCAAAGCAAAAGCGUACCUGGGGUACUCCAGCCUUAUCAAAGGACGAAUUGGAGAGUCUAAACUAGAAAGCAGUAAUUUUUGCAUGGGAGAGACUUUCCAGGAAAUUAGCCUCUGAACUGUUUUUUGGUUGUGAUCAUAUACUUAUUCCUCCUCCUCUUUUUUUGUCCCCAACUGAAAGAAUAAUGUAAAUUAAAUAAUAUUAAUAAUUUAUUAUUUAUACCCCACCCAUCUGGCUGGGUUUCCCCAACCACUCUGGGCGGCUUCCAACAAAAUCUUUAAAAUACAAUAAAAUAACAGACAUUUAAAACUUCCCUAAAUAGGGCUGCCUUCAGAUGUCUUCUAAAAGUCAGAUAAUUGUUUAUUUCCUUGAUAUCUGAUGGGAGGGCGUUCCACAGGGCAGGCGCCACUACUGAGAAGGUCCUCUGCCUGGUUCCCUAUAACCUCACUUCUUGCAGUGAGGAACCUCCAGAAGGCCCUUAGCACUGGACUUCAGUGUCCGGGCUAAACUGUCAUCUGGAUAUCUAUGGGUGCUUCUGGAUGGGUGCGCAAGCUUCCUUUUCUUUAUUUGCAUCUGCACAAAGAUAUUGCCAUCAAGAUGUUAGCCUAUGUUUCCUCUACCUCCCCACCCCACAUUUACUCCCCACCCCACAUUAAUCUGAAGUUAAUCUUUUAAUCUGAGAAAUCAAAGAAACCUGUUGCAAUUAACUCAUUUGCAGUGUUGGCCCGUGGAAGAGCAGGGUCUCUGGGAAGGGGUAUUUGACCUCCUUAGAAGCUCCCUAUUCUCUGGAUUGCAGCCCUUUCUUCCUUGUUCCAUUCACUUGCAUGGAGCAGAGGAAGAGGAGGGGGCCGCAGCUGAGCAUCCCCUUGAAGGUUGAAUGCAGCAGUUCUCUUGCUCUUGGAUGAACAUGAGGAGAGCGGGAGAGUGCCCAAAUCGUAAUUUUUGCCUGAAGUGGCAGAAGAAUUUAACACAGAAGAAUCUUGCCGUGUGGAGCUAUUCUCAUUGUUAAAUCAGAUUUCCGUGAAUGCUUUUAAUAAUUGUGGGCCACUAACGUCCUCUGCCACUACUUAUAGAUUUCCAUCAUGUUGGGCAUGGGUUUGUUUGAGGCAACAACUUGAGGAAGAAUGUGUCAAGAGCAACAGAAUAAAUUCUGAUAGAAGAUCUAAAUUUUUUUAAAAAAGUUUUUUAUUUAUACAACAAGAAAAACAAACAAACAAAAAAACACAAAUACUGAAUUACACACAAAUUACAAAAAUAACCAUAGACACUUAAUAUUCUUAGCAAACAAUAAAACAUCUAUUGGUCUUAACACUAAAGACCCAACCUCCCGUCUAUUCCAUACUUCAAAUUCAUAUUACUUAUUGCCAAUACACUUUUUUUCAUAAUUAAACUUAUUCUCAUUAAAUCUAAUUUCUUAUAUCUACCUUGCAACUAUUACUGAAGUUCCUCGAAUGCUGCAACAGAAUUUAAACUACUAUAUUUAUUUUUCAGAUAUUCUUUAAAAACCUCCCAUUUAGAAACAAAUUCCUGUUUUGAUUUAUUUUUUAUUUUUUCUGAUAAACCAUCUAAUUCAGCAUAUUCUGUCAGCUUUUGGAUCCAAUCUUGAAUAGAGGGGAUUUCAUUACUCUUCCAUUUUGUUGCGAUCAAAACUCUUGCUGCCGCCGUCGCAUAUAAAAAGAUACCCUUCCUCUUUUGUGGAAUAUCCAAAUCUGUUAUUCCCAGGAGGUAGGCCUCUGGUUUUUAUUGAAAGAGAUCUUUAGCAUUUUUUUGCAGUUCUGCAUGUAUACUCUCCCAGAAUACCUGUAUUUUCCUACAUAUCCACCACAUAUGGUAGAAUGUUCCUGAGUCUCCGCAUCUCCAACAAUUACUUGAUACAUUUUUAUACAUUUUUGAAAGCUUCCAUGGUGUUAGAUACCAUCGAUGUUGCAUUUUUUGAAAGUUCUCUCUAAUCGUGUAACAAUUUGUGAAUUUCCAAUUGAUCUUCCAUAAAUUUUCCCAUUGGGCUAUGGUUAUUGAGUGGCCAAAAUCCUGGGACCACUUCACCAUUGCCACUGUUACCUCCUCCUCCUUGACUGUCCAGUCAAGGAGGAGUCGGUAAGUUUUGGAAAUUCUAAAAGAAAAACUCUUUCCAGAAGAUCUAAAAUUUAGUCAGCAGGGAUACCCAAAUUGUCUACUGAAACUUGCCAAACCUUGGGUUGGAACAGGGCAACAGUUCACAUGGGCAAUAGGCAUGGCUAGCAGGUAGGGAAAGAACAGAGGGAGUCUGUCAGAAUGGCUGGUUGGUGAAUUACUGGAUUGUGAGUUACGGUAUAUAUUGGCAUGAGAGUCACUGCUCUCAAAAGAACUAUAUUUCCUUUUUAUGAGCAUUCAGGGCCUCUGCUUUGCUGCUUUGUUCUGUUGACAGCUCCAGCAAUGUCAGAUUCCUUCUGCCGUGGCUCAGAGAAAUGUAUACUAGCUCUUUUGUUAUGAGCAUAUUGUUCCAUUGAAAUAUGAGUUCUUGAAAAAUAACACGGUUGGCUCUAGACUUGCGCUGUUCUCUCAUCCAGUCUCCAAAUACUGCGAAACUUAACUUCCUUCAUAAAUACUUAGCCAUUGUCGCUGGGUAGCAAUUGCACAAAGGUCAAUGGAACCAUUGCUGCCUGUCUAUGAAAAUGGCGCAAGAGCAGGCAAAACUAAUCUAUGCAUUAUGGGGAGAAAGGAGACAGCCGAUCACAAUUUUGCCAUUUUUAGCAGCUGCCCCAGCACAAUUUUGUAUGUCUACUUUACAUUCUCUUAAGUGCCAGGUGCCGUGCUUGAGGAAAUGUGGCCAAAAUCAGAAGCUGAAUCCAAUCAACUUGUCACUUAAUCUGGGCAAAAUGUGAAUGGUGGAUGACUAGACAAAAGAAAAGGGUGGAAAAUAUUUUCUGCUUAUAGUUUAGGGAUCAUGCAGACAAACUGUUUAUAGUUUAGGGAUCAUGCAGACAAACUGCUGCGAGUGAAAAUAAAAAUAAAACCAUACCAUUCUAGAAUCCAAAGGGGUUGUGACACAUUUACUAGCAGACCCCAUUUUUAUAUGUCCCUGCUCCCCAUCCAGAAAAUUAGGCUACCACCAGACAGAAUGAAACACUUGCCACUCCCUAGUCUAACUAGCUGCUUGUGGAGUUUCUGAGCCCCAAUCCCUUCAGUCCACCUCUGGGGAGGAAAUAAACAAGAGGAACUUUACUUUGCCAGAGUCCACAGGACACUGAACUUAAUGAAACGUUGUGAAAUAUCAUUAUAGUACAAUGGAUAGUGUUAUAACACAAGGGGCAGUCAUGGGGGAAAUUUUAGUGAGAAUUUCAUGUUUAAGCUGAAGAAGCCAAAUGCUCAGCUAUAAAAGGAAAUUUAUUUGGAGAGGGGUGGUUGGGAAUAGGGAAAUUUAUAAUGCUCCUCCAAACUUCACCAGACAUACUUCCAGGAUCAUUCCUUCAGUAAAUUAUGGGGACUAGGAAUUCAGUGAGGAGAACAGUGUUGUGUUGCACUCAGGUGUAUUUUUCAGGCUUCCCAUAGGCUGGCUACUGUGAGAACAGGAUGCUGGGCUACUAGACUGACCUUUGACCUGACCCUAUGUCCUUAUGGAUUCCAUGAUGGAAGAAAAGUGAGAUAUACUGUAUAUGUAAGAAUUUAAAAUAAAAUAAAAACAAAGGGUGAUAGUUUCAGAUGGAUGCUCUGCCCCAAUGCAAAGCUGGAAAUGUUUAUUCAGGAGCAACUCUUUAAAUCCCUAGCUAUGGAAGAAACACUGUCCCUGGACGCUGUAGUUGUUACUUCUUCUGGGCACUAGGCCAAGCCUGUCUUGUUUGCCCAAGGUUUUUAAAUGGUAUUUCAGAUCUUUGCUGUAAUACCUUUAUUUUCUUCUUUCAUAUUGUAAGAUGGCCUUGAAGUCUUCUUGCUUCUUUCCUUUUUAAAUGGAGAGAUGGGAUAUGACAAUCCUGUCUUAUUUUGCUCCUGCAAUGACUGGCCAGAAUCGUUCUUCUCUCCCCAGCUGUCUCCUUGUCCGUCUUUCUUCUCCACCUGUCCCUCACUAGCCUCUCCUGCUUGAGAGUCUAUGCUGGGUCAGCGCUAAUCUUGUGACCACACAGUGGUUGCCUGUUUAUAAUCUCUGCUGUCAGCUGCUUGAUUUGAGAAGGAACGGGGACAGGUUCUCCUGGCUAGAGGGAGCCAAACUCUUUUUAAAGUAAGAAGAACCCUGCUGGAUCAAGUCAAAGGCAAAUCGAGUCCAGCAUCGUGUUCUCACCGUGGCCAACCAGAUGCCUGUGGAAAGUCUGUAAGCAGUACAUGAGCAAAAACAGCUCUCUUCCCUCCUGCAGUUUCUGGCAACUGAUGUUCAGAGGCCAACUGCUACUGACAGUGGAGGUGGAAUAUAGGCAUCAUGGCGAGUAGCCGCUAAUAGACUUGUCCUUCAUGAACUUGUCUAAAUCUCCUUUAAAGCCAACCAACUCGGUGGCCAUCACUGCAUCCUGUAGGAAUGAGUUUCAUAGCUUAACUAUUUGCCGCUACUGAGCUGCAUUCUUCUAUCUAUGCAAAUUAACCCAGUCUGCAUUGUAUUUUCUUACAAGUGGGACCAGCAGCAAAACAUUGCAGCGUGUGGAUUGCUCCUUUUGGGGUUCAAGGCAGCUAACCAUGCGCUCUCUCAGGAUACUCCAUUCCCUUCCUCUCUAGAUUUGUAAAAAAUAUAUGUUCUUCAUCUUCUCAACUAUCAACAUGUUCAGUCCUCAUUGGGGUAUUUUGGACUCCUUUAGAUUUGCUCCCCUUAACAUUUUAUUUGUAGCUCUAUAAAUCUAGAUUAUCCAGGCAUCCUGGUAAUUCUUCCUUGUGCAUGUGUGGUGCUGUUUAGGCUACAUAAGAAUCGCCACUUGGAAAAUGAGUUGGUUCGUGAUAUUUUGCAUAAUUCCACCGCUGCUGGUCGGUGAGGAAACUGAAGGGAGGCUAUGCAGGAUUUUGAAAUCCAAUCAGCAGUGCUGACAAGUAGGCAUCUUAUUAAGCAUCCCCUCUAGAUCCUUUGAUUUCACUAGGCAUUGACCACAUAUCUUCAAAAUGGAAAGGCAUUCCUACAACGCUAAGAUUCUGAACUUUGUGGUCGGUACCAAAUCCUGUAACUUGCAUAGUGUUCAUGCAGUAUUGCAAAGUACACAGCUCCCUAGCCAACAGCUCUUUAGCUAUUGGACUCUAAAAUGCCACAAGCAUGAUAUCUGGUGUGCUUGUAUGUAUACCCAUCUGUUCUCUGCUACUGAUACUUGAAUAACUGUUUGGUUUGGUUUACAUAGCUACAUGGGAAGCUGUUUAGCUCAGUCCGUUGGUACGUCUAGCUGAAUAUUGUCAAUGCCUGACUGGCAGUAGCUCUCUAGAGAUUCAGAACCGGAUGCUUGCUAGGCCUGCCUGGAGAUGCUGGGAAUUGAAACUGGAUCCUUCCACAUAAGAGCCUGCUGAAUCAGGCCAGUGGCUCAUCCAGUCCAGCACCCUGUUCUCAUAGUGGCCAACCAGGUGCUUGUGCGAAACUCACAAGCAGGACUUGAGCACAAGUACACUCUUCCAACAAUUGGUAUUCAGAAGCACUGCUGCCUCUAAGCGUGGAGGGAGAGCAUAGCCAUCAGGGCUAGUAGCCUUUGAUAGGCUCAUCCUCCAUGAAAUUGUCUAAUCCUCUUUGAAAGCCAUCCAAGUUGGUGGCCAUUACAGCCUCUUGAGGAAGCAAGUUCCAUAGUUUAACUAUGCGCAUCAUGAGGAUGCUCUGCCACUGAGCUAUGGCUCUUUCCCAGCAGCAUCACACAAGAGCAGCUCAUGAUGAUACUUGCUGUGGAAAGAGUGAUGGUUCUCUCUCCAGUGCCAGCAGUGCUAUCGUCUCUGCAUUCCUCCCCACAGUCCUGGAUGCCAUCAGUGUCGUGGCUGCUAUCUGCCACAUUCUCUCCAAAUGCCCUAUGGGAAGUUACAAAACGAGGCAGCCUUUGACAGCAGAUUGCAAUGAUCACAGCAGCACCAACCAACAAAUAAAUGUGGCUCAAAGUCAUUGUGGACAGUAUUUUUGGAGCUUUGUAGGUGAACAGCCUUAAGUCCCUCCCACCUUCAAAUUAGAUGGAAUAUGGGCAAGGGGAAAUAAUUUAGAAAAAUAAUGUUGCAAGGUGUGAAGAAUGCCUAUUACUGCAGAAUGUGUUGUUUGUUAAUAUGGAUGUUUUUUUAAAAAAGGAAAAGAGCGCCCUUUGCAAAUCAGUGUUUUAGCUGAGCAGUUUUGCAGUCUUUCAACCUUGAGGGAUCUGUUUCUAGAGUUUUUCAAGGAUCUCAUGCACUCUGCAAAGAAUUUGGGUAUGUGUUCUAGGGCGCACACUCAUCUGAUGCAUGGUGCUAGCAAGGCAUGUUGGGUCUUGCCAUCGCCCUUGCCAGAACUACAAAUGCAGCCAAGAACAUGUACAGCAUUCUUCUGUAGCUGCACAUUGCAGAGGAAAAAUCAGUGGGGGGCAAGCUGCCUUUCAAGAAGAUGUAUCUGCCAUUACUGAUAUUUUCCUUGAGGAACCCCCUGUUACUUUCCAGGAAACCCCAGGGAUCCAAGCAACAUAGUUUGAAGAAAAAACAACACCACUGUUCUGGUCACUGUCAAGAUCUUCAUCUACUUUGCAAACAUGGGGAAGCACACAAAGAAAGAGAUUUAAGUGCCGCUUGAGAAAAAAACAUUAGAUAAUUUCCAACCACAAAUUUUUAUACAGAUGACUCCCAGACUUAACUUUCUGCUCCUGACAUUUCCCCCACCUCCUCUGCUCAAUACAGUAUCUCUAGCUAGCUCUGAAAUUUCAUCCUAGCCAUCUCAGUCAUGCCAUACUCUUAACCUGAAUGUGUUUGAAAGCAGAACGCAUAAUCCUUAUCUAUUGCCCAUCGCCUGCUAUUCCACACUUCUGUGUCAUUGUUCAGUUCUGCUUCUCUCUCUCUCUCACCUUCAGCUUCUUUUUUUCUGCACUUAUUCCUAAGGUUGCUUUCAACUGACAACUUUCCAUAGGUCCACACUCAGUCUGUGUGUGCAUGUCGUCAGUGCUGCUCUGUUGCUGCACUGUGAUGUUAGCACGUUUCACGUGUACAUGCAUGAAGACUCAGAGACCCUAAACUAUUUUUUUUCUGGAGCUUUUGCAUAAGGUUCACAUUCUUUCUUUCUCUAUACCUCAUUUAGAAUCAUAGAAUCAGAGAGCUGGAAGAGACCACAAGGGCCAUCGAGUCCAACCCCCUGCCAAGCAGGAAACACCAUCAGAGCACUCCUGACAUAUGGUUGUCAAGCCUCUGCUUAAAGACCUCCAUAGAAGGAGACUCCACCACACUCCUUGGCAGCAAAUUCCACUGUCGAACAGCUCUUACUGUCAGGAAGUUCUUCCUAAUGUUUAGGUGGAAUCUUCUUUCUUGUAGUUUGGAUCCAUUGCUCCGUGUCCGCUUCUCUGGAGCAGCAGAAAACAACCUUUCUCCCUCCUCUAUGUGACAUCCUUUUAUAUAUUUGAACAUGGCUAUCAUAUCACCCCUUAACCUCCUCUUCUCCAGGCUAAACAUGCCCAGCUCCCUUAGCCGUUCCUCAUAAGGCAUCGUUUCCAGGCCUUUGACCAUUUUGGUUGCCCUCCUCUGGACACGUUCCAGUUUGUCAGUGUCCUUCUUGAACUGUGGUGCCCAGAACUGGACACAGUACUCCAGGUGAGGUCUGACCAGAGCAGAAUACAGUGGCACUAUUACUUCCCUUGAUCUAGAUGCUAUACUCCUAUUGAUGCAGCCCAGAAUUGCAUUGGCUUUUUGAGCUGCCGCGUCACACUGUUGGCUCAUGUCAAGUUUGUGGUCAACCAAGACUCCUAGAUCCUUUUCACAUGUACUGCUCUCAAGCCAGGUGUCACCCAUUUUGUAUUUGUGCCUCUCAUUUUUUUUGCCCAAGUGCAAUACUUUACAUUUCUCCCUGUUAAAAUUCAUCUUGUUUGUUUUGGCCCAGUUCUCUAAUCUGUCAAGGUUGUUUUGAAGUGUGAUCCUGUCCUCUGGGGUGUUAGCCACCCCUCCCAGUAUGGUGUCAUCUGCAAAUUUGAUCAGGAUGCCCUUGAGUCCAUCAUCCAAGUCAUUGAUAAAGAUGUUGAAUAAGACCGGGCCCAAGACAGAACCCUGUGGCACCCCACUAGUCACUCUUCUCCAGGAUGAAGAGGAACCAUUGAUGAGCACUCUUUGAGUUCGGUCAGUCAGCCAGUUACAAAUCCACUGAGUGGUAGCAUAGUCAAGACCGCAUUUUACCAGCUUCUUUACAAGAAUAUCAUGGGGCACCUUGUCAAAUGCCUUGCUGAGAUCAAGGUAGGCUACAUCCACUGCGUUCCCUUCAUCUACCAGGCUUGUAAUUCUGUCAAAAACGAGAUCAGGUUAGUCUGACAUGACUUAUUUUUCAGAAAUCCAUGCUGACUAUUGGUGAUCACAGCAUUCCUUUCUAGGUGCUCACAGACUGUUUGCUUAAUGAUCUGCUCCAGAAUCUUCCCUGGUAUUGAUGUCAGACUGACUGGGCGGUAAUUAUUUGGGUCCUCUCUUUUCCCCUUUUUGAAAAUAGGGACAACAUUUGCCCUCCUCCAGUCUGCCGGGACUUCGCCUGUUCUCCAGGAAUUCUCAAAGAUGACUGCCAGUGGUUCUGAGAUCACAUCUGCCAGUUCUUUUAAUACUCUUGGAUGCAGUUCAUCUGGCCCUGGAGACUUGAAUACAUCUAAACUAGCCAAGUAUUCUUGUACUAUCUCCUUAGUUAUUCUGGGCUGUGUUUUGCUUCAAAUUCUUCAGGUCGGGCAUUGUUUUCUUUAUCGGAGAAGACUGAGGCAAAGAAGGCAUUGAGGAGUUCAGCCCUUUCUGUGUCCCCUGUUUGCAUUUCACCAUCUUCUCCUCUGAGUGACCCCACUGUUUCUUUGUUCUUCCUUUUGCUACUGAACAUACCCAUAAAAGCCUUUUUGUUGCUUUUAACCUCUCUAGCAAGCCUGAGUUCAUUCUGUGCUUUAGCUUUUCUGACUUUGUGUCUACACGUGCUGGCUAUUUGUUUGAAUUCCUCUUUGGUGGUUUCCCCCUUCUCCAUUUUUGUACACAUCCUUUUUAAUCUUAACUCAGUUAAAAGUUCUUUAGAUAGCCACCCUGGCUUCUUUAGGCACCUUCCAUGUUUCCGUCUCAUUGGUAUUGCCUGACGUUGUGCUUUUACUAUCUCCCUCUUAACAAACUCCCAGCCAUCAUGAACUCCCUUUCCUUUUAGUAUUACUGUCCAUGGGAUCUCACCCAGCACUUCCCUAAGUUUUAUGAAGUCGGCUUUCUUAAAGUCAAGAAAUUGAGUCCUAGUAUGCUUGGCUGCUCCUUUCCGCUGUAUAGUAAACUUCAGAAGAGCAUGAUCACUCGCGCCUAAUGAUCCUUCCACUUCUACCCCACUAACCAGGUCAUCAACAUUGGUUAGGACCAGAUCUAAAAUGGCUGUUCCUCUUGUUGCUUCUCCCACUUUCUGGACAACGAAGUUGUCUGCAAGGCCAGUGAGGAAUCUGUUUGACCUUAUGCUCUUGGCUGAGUUUGACAUCCAACAAAUAUCCGGGUAAUUGAAGUCCCCCAUUACUACUAUCUCCCUUCCUUUUGCAUGCUUGGCCAUCUGUUCCAGGAAGGCAUCAUCUAUGUCCUCCGUUUGGCUUGGGGAUCUAUAGUAAACUCCCACAAUGAGGUCACUGUUAUUCUUCUCUCCCUUAAUUUUGACCCAAAUGCUCUCACUUUGGCUUUGAGGUUCUAAAUCUUGGAUCUCUUCACAGGUAUACACAUCCCUGACAUAUAACGCCACUCCUCCUCCUUUCUUGUCUGGUCUGUUUCUCUGAAAUAGAUUGUAUCCCUCCAUUAUUACAUUCCAAUCGUGGGACUUAUCCCACCAGGUUUCAGUGAUGCCUAUUAUGUCAUAUUUAGUUUGCUGUACCAAGAACUCAAGCUCAUCUUGUUUAUUUCCCAUGCUUUGCGCAUUAGUGUACAGACGUUGAAGUCCAUUAAUCAUUCCCCCGUGUCUCUUAUUUAAGGAUUUUUUCCUCCCACCACUAGGUCUGCAUGCUGUUUGCUCCAUUUGGUCUAUGACAUUUGGAUGAUCAUCUUCAUCAAUUGAUAGACUCCUACCUUCAGGAGCACUGUCUCCCUCCCCACAUUAGUCAGUUUAAAGCCCUCCUGAUGAGGUUUCUGAGAUUUUUGGCAAAAACAUUCCUCCCAACCGUUGUGAGGUGCAGCCCAUUGCUCGCCAGAAGUCCAUCUUCAAGAAACUGCAGUCCGUGAUCUAAGAAUCCCAACCGUUCCUGUUUACACCUUUUGCGAAGCCAGCUGUUCACUUCCACUAUUUUUCCCUCUCUAAUUCUUUGGAGCGUAGCUACACGUUCCUCCAGUUGCUGGACUUUGUCUUCUGAGAGGGCAAUCAACAUGCAAUUGUUGCAGGUAAAUUAUUGUCUCCCUUUUCCCCACUCCCGUCUUAAUCCAUGCUCUUCCUUAAGAAUGCAGGCAACCGCCUUCUCUAUAUACAGUGGUACCUCGGGUUAAGAACUUAAUUAGUUCUGGAGGUCCGUUCUUAACCUGAAACUGUUCUAAAGUACCACUUUAGCUAAUGGGGUCUCCUGCUGCUGCUGCGAUGCUGCCAUGCGAUUUCUGUACUCAUCCUGAAGCAAAGUUCUUAACCCAAGGUACUAUGGUAUUUCUGGGUUAGCGGCGUCUGUAACCUGAAGCGUCUGUAACCCGAGGUACCACUGUAUAUAAAAAACUCCCUUUCCUACCUUAAUAUCACGCCACCCUCAGCCUAAUAGUCUGUCUUGAUUCUCCCUCUGCUCAGUUUCAUUGCAUGACCCUGGGCUCUAGAAUUUUGAGAUAGAAAGCAACAUCUCCUUAUUCUCUGUUCCCCCACCAAAGUCCUCUCCAUCCUUCAUUUUUUGUCCUGCCUUCACUGCUUAGAUUGUAGAUAAAUAAGCCUGGAGUUGUGUCACCUCUGUAUCCCUUAGGGCACCCAGGAUGCUGUUAGAGCUAAGCGAGUAGCACAUUUGCUGUAGUAAGCAGUCUCCCAUUCACUUCUCCUGGGUGCCUCUCAGCCCACGGGUGCAGAAACAGAGUCUUGCCAUAAAUCUCUGAAUGUCAUCAGCUGUCACUAUAAUCUCCAAGCUGUAGACAGCAGCAGAAACAGCAAGGGCUCCUACUCUGCCUACUCUCAUUGCAGUAGGAAUGAUUUCCUCCUGUGAGAGUGGUGGGUGGGAUUGGUAAUUAAAAGGAUGCCUCUUAGCUCCUACUGUUGCCAUUAGACACCGGUAAGGACUUUAGCAGAGAGGAAAAUGAAUGGUGAGGAUCCAGGGAGGAAGCUAUUGAAGCCAGCAACGCUUAUGCUGUGCUCUUGUCAUCUUCCAUUUGUCUAAUAGUAGAACAUAAGGAUUUCCUAAACUCAGAAGGUUGACAGUAGCUAGGCACUUGAGCACCAUCUGUGCAGGCAGAUGUGUGCCACCCCUUCAUUCACUCUCACACUAUUCUUCACUACCCCUUUUCAGUCUGGGGACACGCACGUAGGUGUUUCUGUAUCUCUCUGUGUAUAUGCACACCUUUAAAAUGAAAAAUCCUACGUAGUGCACCCAAGUGCAAAAGCAAAUGUUACCAGCCUUAGUUAUCACGUUUCACAAUACAGUGGCAUCUUGGUUCCCGAACAACUUAGUUGCCGAACAAAUCGCCUCCCAAAUGCCGCAAACCCGGAAGUAAGUGUUCCAGUUUGCAAACAUUUUUCGAAAGCCGAAUGUUCGGCGUGGAGUCCGCUUCAGUGCAGAAAGCUCUUGCAGCCAAUUGGAAGCUGUGCCUUGGGUUUCGAACCGUUUCGGGAGUCGAACAGACUCCCAGAAUGGAUUAAGUUCGAGAACCGAUAGUUUCCUGGUUAAGGUUUGUGCAAGAGUGAUUAAGAAGCCUUGUGCAAAGGCACUAUAUUAUUAUUAUUAUUAUUAUCAUUAUCAUUAUCAUUAUUAUUACUAUUAUCAUUAUUAUUUUAUUAUUUAUUAUUCUAAAAGCCUGGUUUAUAUACCACAAUUACAGUCCCCAAAAUUAUCCCCCACAUGUUGAGAUCUUGAGAGAAUGGGUCAUUGAAAUUCAAACAUGCUCUCAUUAUGCAACAGUUGAUGGAAUUAGGCAUUCUAGUAUCUUUUGGGCUGCUGGAAAUAAAAUGGCUGGAUUGUACUCACUCAGGGAGCAAAUGUAAGUAGGGCUGUGGCAGUAGAGGCCACCUAUCAGACUGGCAACACAUACACACACCCCAAAUUAGCUACCAAUAUAUAUAUAUACGGGAGAGAGAGAGAGAGAGAGAGAGAGAAGGAAACAGUGAGCUUCCAUACUGCAGAUGGAAUGGGUAGCUUUUACUUAAUAGAUUUUUCUGCAGUGAAAGAAAAUCUUUAAAAGUAUGGCUUGGCAUUUUGACAGUGGGAUCAUUGUGUGGAUGCUGGAAAAAAAUACUUUGCAGGCAUGAGCCGCACCAAAUCUACAAUAAGCUCCCAUCUGGAAGGACCCUUGGCAAGGGGCAGAGGGGCAACAUCCAUUGUAUCCUAAAAGGCUCUGAUUGAAGGCGAUUAUUCACUAUGCUUUUUAAUAACCGCAUGGCAAGGAGACAUUGAACAGACGUGAUUCAAUGCCCUGAACAUGUAUUUGAAUGCCUUGCUUCUUGGCUCUUCCCAAAGGCAGCUGGUUGGCAGUGGUUCAGAUGGACGUCUGGGCCAGAUGGACCUUGGCCUGAUCUUUUAAGGCCAAUUCUUACACUAGGACACCCCCCUCUUUUUGCAAACAAUCAUGCAUUUGCACAAUAACUGCAUUUAUUAUCUGUAAAAAAAGGUUUCAGACAUUUUCUUUUGAAAUAGCACUUCUGUUCCUAGAAGGAGAGAUAAAAAUAAAAUCUGGACUGAAAGUGGGGAGUGAGGGAGGAUCAGCAUUCAGCUGGAACUCAGCCCCAGAACCUGUUUUCAGUUUUGGGGCCCAGUCCUUGAGCAUAUAUAGAAUCGUAGAGUUGGAAGGCACCCUGAGGACCAUCUAGUGAAGCAGCAGAACUACUGAGGAUGUGCAGAGUUCCUUUUCCUAACUAGCGAGCAAACCAAACCAUUCCCACACACCAGUAAUUGGGGAGCAGGGCCUUCCCCAUUACGUACCUAUAUAGUUUCUCGGGUCUGUAAAUGAAAUGAUGUUAAGAAGCUGGAGCAGACCAGAGGCCCAUCCAAUCUAGCAUUCUUCUCUCAUAUUAACCAGCCAGAUUUUUAUUUAUUUAUAUGAGUAUUUGUAAGCUGCCAACGCCUGAGAAAAAUACCAUGGAAGUGUACUAUACAAGCAUCAAAACAUCAUAAAAUACAGAACAUAUGGCCAACACUGAAUCAAAUUAAUUCCCCAAAAGGGGUUGAUGAAACAGAAACCAGAUGCCUCUGGGAAGCCCACAUGAAUGCAGCAACACCCGCCCUGUGUCAUUUAUGUCCCCCAAUAACUGGUAUUCAUUCAGAUGCAUACUGGGUUGUAUUUAGCACAAGGGCUGCUGCCUGCACAGUGGUACUUUCUCUCCACGUGAACCCCUUCCAAAUCUGCUCCAGAGGAUUGUCAGAAACCUCAGAAGACAUUUCUUUUUUUGGGGGGGGGGAUACUCAUGGUUAAACAGCAGGUUCUGCUCAGCUCAGUUUGUAAAUAGAUAAAUGCAGGGUUGGCACAUUAGAUUUCAGUGAUCACAAGACUAUGCAAGUAAGGACUGUGAGAAUAACAAGAUUAGCGAACAGUUUAUUUGUUUAUGAGAGGCAGGAGGAUAUACACAUAUGUAUCUCACAUACAUACAAAUGCACAUAUAUGUACAAUGGUACCUCUGGAUGCGAACGGCAUCUGUUCCAGAGCCCCGUUCGCAUCCUGAAGCAAACACAACCCGCGUCUGUGCGUGCGCGGGUUGCAAUUCACCACUUCCACGCAUGUGCGUGAUGUCAUUUUGAGUGUCUGCGCAUGUGCGAGCGGCGAAACCCAGAAGUAACGUGCUCCAUUACUUCCGGGUCGCCGCGGAGCGCAACCUGAAAAUAUUCAUCCCCAAGCUACUUCAACCCAAGGUAUGACUGUAUAUGCAUGAUGGAUGCAUAAUCUUCUUUGGUGAUCACUCGUAGCUGAGGAAGAUUGUCUUCCAUGAACACGGUCUUUAACAGUUGAGUCCGUAAGUGACUGUGGAGGCCAAUUCUGGAUCCACAUGUCCUUCCACAGUGGGGAGGUAGGUUUCCGGGAGGGAGGUGAUCACGGUGAGGGUUUGCCAAACAUGCCUUCCUCUUCUCCCUUUCAUCCUGAGUCCGAGCGUCUUCAAAGUCCAUGCCCCCUUUGGUAAAGGCUGUUCUGCAACUGGAGUGCUCGCAGGCCAGUUGGUAUUUAUACUACAUUUUUAAAGAUUUGCCUUGAGAGAGUCUCUAAACCUCUUUUGUUGACUACCAGCAUUACGCUUUCCAUUUUUAAGUUUGGAAUAGAGUAGUUGCUUUGGAAGACGGUAAUCAGGGAUCUGCACAACUUGAGCAGUCAAUUGAAGUUGAUGUUGAAGAAUCAUUGCUUUGACACUUGUGAUCUUUGCUUCUUCCAAUACACUGGCAUAUACAUGUAGGUGAAAAACAAAAUCCACUUAGUGCUUAGAGCUGAACUAUGCCUUCAGUUUGGAUAAAAGCUUUUUAGGUUUCUGCCCAAUAUGUAACCCAAAGUGCUCCCCCCCAACUAUAAAGCUCAACUAAAUCAAAUUAUAUAUAUUGGGUACUCGCCUGCAUGGGAAAAGCUAGUAUAUCCAAGGAACAGUUAGGCUUAACCCCUUUUCUCUGAUACUCUAGCUGUCAAUUGGAGCACCGAGCUUUUUCUUAACAUAAGAUAAAUAGAACAUGUUGACUCCACAACCCCACCAUCAUUCUGACAUGGUUAUCACCCUUUGUUUCACAUUCUUCUCCUCUUCACGUGUUAUUCACAUAGAGGACUCUCACACAUACACGGGAGCAGGAGCAGGGCAACGCAGAGUGACACCACUCUUGCCCUGAUGUCCACGAGUUGAGUGCAGAUGCCAUGCUUUUCUACUUCUGGGGCAAGUCUGCAGCCAUGUGCCUUCCUAGAUAAGCAGACUGAAACUGGUACCUUCAGUGAGUAGAUGCCUCUGGGUCAGAAGCUGCUUCAUAUAGAGUCAGACCACUGACCCAUUUAGCAUUGUCACUGUUGCCCACUCUGACUGCCAGUGGGUUUCGUCUUUCCCUGUCUUGCCUGGAAAUUGCCAUGGAACAUGGCAUGUUCUGCAUGCAGUGCAUGUGCUCUACAACUGAUUCAGUAGGAAGCCGAUAUUACAACCACUACUGCAUGUCUGCUAAAGCCUCUGUUUGUGACUACCACUCUGUGCUGGGUACAGUGCACACUGCCCGCUUGCAUUUACUCUUUGGCCUAUUCUCUGGCUGCUUCCUAUCUAAUAAGAGACACACUUUAUGUACGGGCACAGUGGUUGAAUAAUUCAUAUCCCAAGAUACGCAGAGCAGAUGUGAUUCCCACAUUACCUGGCAGUUGUUCCCACAAUUGCUUUUGUCUAGAGCUGACUAGACGAAAAUGUCACUCUGGACACUAAAACCGGUCUCGUGGCGUAGAAUUAUCCAGCAAAACUGAUUGGCAGCAGGUUCAGGGCAGAUAAAAGAAAACUUUUCUUUUCAAAAUUGCAUGAAAUUAACAUGGUUGCGCAGCUCCAGGGUGUUGUGGUGGCUGUUCGUACAGAUGGCUUUACCCUGCAAAGGAGCAGAUUAGAUCGAUUCACAGAGAAAAGUCUUUCAGUGGCUAUUAACAGGACUACAAAGGCAGUCUACCGCUAUUGCCAGUAGCUAGAAAUGGCCCUUGAAAGAUGGGCACUCAGGCCUGCUUUUAUUAUGAGCAUGCCAAGGGCACCUAAGUGUCCACUGUUAACUUCAUCUUUCCCAGCUAUCUGGUUUUUCCCUCCAAGGGCAAUCCAAACUCCGUUGCACUGGGGUGGUGAUGGAGUGAGCGGCAUCCGUCCCUCACCUGCAGAGUGAGCAGAAGGGCAGCUGGUGGGAUCCAUGUCAGUGGCAGCCAGCAAAACCCUCCAAAUCAGGGCUUUCCAGAGAAAGGGCAGGAUCUGUUAGUUCUGAAGCCAGCCCCACUGCUCCUGUUUAACGGUAUUGAGCCCAAUCUGUGCCAAAUUGCUGUGCCAGCUCCAGGCCGGCAUUGUGGUCUGCUUGCCCCUCCAUCUUUUGCUUUGGCUUCCAUGCAUAGCAGGUCUGUGAAUGAAGCAGCCCUGCCCCUCUGUAAAGCCCCAUCAGGGAUACCUUUUAUUUCAUAGUACAGUAUUUAAACAAAAAAGGCAGUUGUGUGGCUUUGAGUUUGUGGCACUAGCGAAUAUGGAUGCUUAAAAGGAUUGCUUCUGUCCAGCGGUUGAACCAGUGGUCACAUUUCAAAAUCUGAGAUAGUGGGAGGGGAAAAGAUGGAGACUCAGCAGAUCUGAGGUGGCUGCUUACUGCCAGCGCCUUCACAUUUGCCUUUUAAAUAUCAACUUGGUGGUCUUUCCAUGUCAUGAUCAAAAGCUUUAGGGAAGCUUUUAAUAUCUGAAGAACUAUUAUAUUUUAAUAUUUUGUUGGAAGCCCCCAGAGUGGCUUGGGAAACCCAGAUAGAUGGGCGGGGGAAUGAAUGAAUGAAUACAUACAUACAUACAUACAUACAUGCAUACAAUCAUCAUCAUCACCAUCAUGCCACAGAGCUGUGGCAUCUCUGUGUUUCACUGCCGAGUGGCUGUCACACCAUCUUGUUGUCUUUAUUGAUUCAGAAGAUUCUCCUUUUUGUGAGCAGUGGCAUACAUUUUGUGUUGUACACAACACCAAAGGGGACGUGGGCCUACUGAAUUCUCACUGAUGCUAAGGCUGUGGACAGGCACAUAUAAUCUGAGCAGUGAACGAGCCAAUAAAACACUUUUUUAAAAAAAUGCUGGCUUUCGUUCAAGAUCAUGGAAAUCAUUUUCUUUUUAACUUUUCAUUUGUCUGCUUUUACAAAUAAGAUAUGGAACAAACAUGCUAAUGACUGAAUGUUCAGGCUAUUGUUUAAAAUAAGUUUUAAGAAGGUGGGUGCAAGCAAUCUGAAGGAGAGAGGAGCAAGACCAAAUGUGGAGUCAGCAUUCAAUUUGUUGAUUACAGUACACCUUUCAAAAGGGGUUCUUGUAAAACCAGACAGAAGCCACUCCUGACUUCAAGGUGCCAAUUGGGAAAACCUUUGAUGUGGUUUGGUUCUUGAUUUUUAAUUAUCUUCACAUCCUUGGGUUUGUUUGCUGUUUGAAAGGCUGUCUCCUUAAGGGCUGCCGUGAUAGAUUUGGAUAAGAAGAAACCUGACUGCGCCCAUUUCUCUCUCAUCAGGUCAUUAUUGAAAGAUACAAGGGGGAGAAGCAGCUGCCUGUGCUGGAUAAGACCAAAUUCCUAGUCCCUGACCAUGUCAACAUGAGUGAAUUGGUAAAAAUAAUCCGGUAAGUGAAAGGCCUCAGAGCAGCCAGCUAUGAUCUGCUCCUGACAGUGCAAAUCAAGGGUUAUUUUUUUGGCAUGGGAACAGCUUGCCCUUCCUUGUCCUUCUAACUAGCUUCCUAAAGUAGGACAUGGGGAUAGGGCAGUCCUCUUCUAUGAAUUAGAAGGGUGAUGAGGCAGCUGCAAAGGGUGCAGCCUGGCUUCUCAUCAUUCACUGACUUAAUGAGCUGAAGGAACAGCAGGUAGUGCUGCUGCUUGGGGGGAGCAGAAAGGAUAUUUCCCUGAAUCUAUACCAUCAUCAGAUCUGCAGGCACUCCAGAUGCCAACCAGGUUUGCCACCAAAAGAUGCCAGCUUUUGAGCUAUUUGUGGCAUCUUUGGGUCUGAGCAAAUAAGUGAAUUGGAUUCCACUGUGCAUGUCCGCCUGCUAGCUCUGCUGAAGUAACUGCUUCUAGGUUAGAUUACUGCAGCGUAUUAUAAAUGGGGCUGCCACUGAAGAUGGUUCAGAAAGUUUAGCCGAUAUAGAAUUCAGAAGCUGAGAUGGUCACCGGUGGAAGACAGUUUGAGCAUUUAAUGCCAACCCUGGCCCAAUUGCACUGGCAUCCAAUUUAGUUUCCGGGCCCAAUUCAAAUUGCAAGUUUUGACCUAUAUAAGCUUAAACAGCUCAGGACUGCAAUACCUCAAGGACCACCUCUUCUCACAUGAACUGACCUGGACCCUGCGAUCAUCAUCUGAGGCCCUUCUUCAUGUGCCCUCUUUAUGAGGGACACAAAGGACAGCAACACAAGAGCAGGCCUUUUCUGCAGUGGCCCUGCACUUGUGGAAUGCUCUCCCCAGGGAGGCCUGCCAGAUGCCUUCAUUACAUAUCCUUGGGUACCAGACCAAAACAUUCCUCUUCUCCCAAGCCUUUGGCUAAUUAAACGACCUAUGACCCUUUAAACUGUGUGUUUGAUGUGCUUGGGUAUGUUAUUAUUAUGGUUUGAGUGUUUUUCUACUGUAAACCGCCCUGUGACCCUCGGACGAAGGGCGGCACAGAAAUUGAAUAAAUUGAUUAAUCCUGAACUUCCCUCUCCACCAGUCGCCGGCUGCAGCUGAAUCCCACCCAGGCCUUCUUCCUGUUGGUGAACCAGCACAGCAUGGUGAGCGUUUCCACCCCUAUCUCUGAGAUCUAUGAGCAAGAGAAGGACGAAGACGGCUUCCUCUACAUGGUCUACGCCUCGCAGGAGACCUUUGGCUACUGAGCGCCUGUCUGCACCAGAGGACUGACUCCACAAACUGUUGCGUUGACAUCCCUGCCUCCCCAACACUCCCCCUGUCCCCCCCUUGGCACACCAGUGCAGACAGAGGCCUGUGGCUCGGGAGCAGCACAAAAAGCAACUGGUGUGCCUCCACCUUUGCAGUGCAACAGACCAAGCUAGUUCCGUGUGUGUAUGAUUGCGUGACCCACAAGUCUCUACUUCCUUGCCCUUGACCCCCCCGUUUGGAACACUUGUUGCAUCCCCCUUCCUUCCCUGCUGCGUGUGCUUUCUCUGUCUCCUUUUCUGUCUCUAUUGUCAUCAUGUCCUUUUUUCUUAGUCCAAUGCCAAAUUGAUGGAGCUUGUGGCAGGCGGAGGAAGCAAAACGCCACCGUUACAGCAAGGGGAGGGGCUUAUCCGCUGAACUUUUAUUAAAGGGCCAGAAAUCUGAAGGCAAACAAACAAACAAACAAAAUAACUACCACUGCUCUUGCGUUUUUAAUUACUUGCAUAUCAAUUCUUGGUGCUACAGAGUAGAUGUAGGCGUCUUCUACAGGACUGUGUAUAAUGUAUAUCUCUUAGAUUUAUUUUAUUUUGUAAGCACGACGGGGGAAUAUAAUUUGCUUGUAUUAUGUAGAUUUUGAAAAACAAACAAACCAAGCCCAAGCUUCUUUGCACUUUAAAACGUAGUAGAGGUGAGUGUGGAAUUAGCUUAAUUUUCACAGAUCUGCCGUACCCUGUGCUGUGUCUCUGUCAAUAUUUAUACUUGCCUUUUUAGGAUUGUUUUUGUUUCGUUUUUUAAAGCCAGCCCCUCUCCUUUCUUGCAUGCACGAGUUUAUUUUCCUUUUUUUUCUAAUUUUCUUUGUCCCAUUGUGGCAAGCAGACCAUUCACUCAAGGAAUGUACUGAUUUAUAUUGCUUUUUUCCUCUCUUUUUUUAAAUUUAUGAUACCAAAAACGUGUGUGUAUGACAGGAAAAACUCCCCACCCAGUUGAAUCUAUACAAAUAACUAUAUAAAUAAAGAUAAGUUAAAAUUGUG